AUGAAAGAUAUCGCUAGUGAUCUUGUGAAAAAGUUCAAAGGUGAAUUUAAUCGCAAUCUGAAUUUUCUUAUUCUCGACGCCAUACAACCAAUGAUGUAUUUGCUCAAACGUGAACAAAAUCUAUCUGACUUUUUGGAGCCACUAAAAAGUUUACUCUCGAAAGAAAAUGAUAUUCCAUGUAUUAGUCAACGUUGGUUAGUCGACGUAAUGAUGAUCAAUUCAAAUCGAUUUCUUUGUCGACGUUUAACAUUUCUUCUUAGCAAACGUAACCCAGUACCCAUGAUUCAACCGCCUACCAACACGAUCAACAACGGAUACCGUUUUGUAUCAAGCAUCAUUCAUGUCUGGGAUUUUAGUCGACCUAUUCUACUCUCAUUUGGUGUAGGCAAAUGCAAAGGUAAAAGUCCUCUUGUUAAUGCUUUAUUCGAAACGAACUUUGAACAGUCAAUGAAUAGUCCGUACUUUCAUGAAACAAUCGAUGUUGAUUUCGGCUACCAUUUUGUUGAACGACGCUCUGUAAAUGUUGCUGAUGUUCAUGGUAAUAUUUUAAUCGAAACUCUCAAACGUAUUUGUCAAUUAUUCAAUGGUUUUAUCAUUCAUGUUCAAUCAACGUAUUUUAUCUCGAACACAUCGGAUGUCAUUGAAUUUCUACGUGUGCUUUCGCAUCCAAACUAUAUUCUCUUGCUCAUACGUGAUCUUGACGAUGAGGACAACGAAGAAGUUCAAACAGCUAUCACAAGGGUAUAUUCGAUUUGUUCGAAUUGUCAGAUCUUCUAUUUGCCAAAUGUUGCUGACAAGAAUACUUAUGUCAACAAAGAAAAAAUUGAACAAUUACGCGAACAAAUUUUUCUCAAUGCUGUCAAAUUUUCUUAUUCAAACGAACACAAUAUCCAAAAGCAUCUCGAACAACUCAUGAAUACCGCUCAACAUAGAAAUGCUGAUCAAGACAAAGUAUUUAUUGAUUCUAUUCGACCAGUUCUUAUUCAUGGAAAAGAAGAUGAUUAUCCACUCUAUUCAUUGUUUACUCGCAUGUGUGAUACAAGACUCAAAAUAGCCAAGAUGGAUCCGUAUAAUGCCGAUUUUCAAGAUAAAAAGCUUUAUGAUCUUCAUAGCAGAUUGUUUCAAAUUAGUGCAGAACUAGAAAAGCAGCAACGAGUUGGUUUUCAAGCAACUGGUAAAGCAUUUCAACUUUUCUUUCAACAAUUCAUUCAAAACAAAGAAGAUCAAUUGAAUAACUUGAAUUUAUUAUCUAUUGAAUUGAAACAUGAACGAGACAAGAACACAGUUCUAGAUCAUAUGACAUCAUUCUAUCAACAAUUGUCACUUGAAAUCCAUUGGCGAAAUGCUAUGAUCAGUUCGAAAAAUAUAUCAAAUGCCGAACGCAAAACACUUAUCGAUGCAUAUCACAAUUAUAUUGACGAAGGAAAUCCUUUCGAAAUUGUCGAUGGUGAUAAUUUCGAAAUGCAAGGCGAAUUUUUAAUAGAAGUAAUGCAUUUAUUUCAUAAGAAAAAAUUUUUUAUUAUGAGUAUAAUCGGACCGCAAAAUAGUGGUAAAAGUACAUUGCUUAAUUUCUUAUUUGGCACUUUAUUUGAAGUACGUGAAGGACGAUGUACUCGAGGUAUCUAUGGAACAUUAGUAAAAAUUAGAUCAGAAGAAGUUACGCAUAAUCUAAUACCGCCUGAUUACGAUUAUAUUUUGUUAAUUGAUACCGAAGGUUUAUUGUCUAUCGAGAAAGGUGACGAACAAUAUGACAAACGUUUGAUUCUCUUUUGUUUGGCUAUAUCGCAUUUAGUUAUUGUCAAUAUUAGUGGUGAAAUUCAUGAAACAUUGAAACAGAUGCUUAUCCUAUGUACACAAUCUCUUAAUUAUUUAGGAGAAACUCGUGUAACUCGACCAACAGUUCAUUUUGUUCUUAAUCAAAAAGCCGAUCCAAACAAAGCCAAUUGUGAGAAACAAGUGAAAAUCAUUCGAGAUGAUUUGAUAGCAAAUGGUCUCAAUAAUUUAAUUGAUCUUGGACCGAAUAAUUUUCAUGUUUUAUCGACAGCAUUUAAUCGAAAGCCAUUUUUAGAUCCGAAUGGAGAAUGUGCUGUAUUAUCAACCGAUAUUAAAUUUGUUACAAAUGUUCAAAAGUUAUGCAAACUUUUUAUUGAUUCAUCAUUUCAAAUAAUUCGUGAUACUGGUGAUCGUUUUUCAAUACCAACAAAAUGGAUUGAAUUUGCUAAUAGUGUACUUCAAAUCAUCAAAAAAUAUCCAGAUUUAACUUAUUUUAAAGAUAUUUUUGAACGCGAACAAAACAAUAACAUACGACAAGAUAUUCGAAACGAUUUUGAACAAUAUUUAUCACCAACACAAGCUCAAUUGUUGAUCAAUAGAGAAAAAAAUAAUAGUAAAAGUCGUAUUCAAGAUUCAUUUCAAAUUGAACAAGAUAAAAUUUUAAAAACUCUUGAAUCAAAUCUUGAACAAAAGAUAGCAAAAAAUGCAGUAAGUGAAAAUGUUCGCCAACGAUUAUUUCGUUUUAUGCAAGUACAAGUAAAAAGUCGAUUUCGUUCAUGGGAAGUGUCAGCUAUCAUGGCAGGUGAACGAGACAAACUAAAUAAAAUGAUACAUGAUAGUGAUGCUGAACUUCGACAACUUGCCUAUGAUACAACAGGCAGAAAUCAUUUUAUUGAUAAAGCUUCAGCAAUUGAUAAAUUUGAGAGGAUGUGGCAAAAUCGUUUUGCUUGUGUCACAGCAGAGUUUGAUUCGGAAACUCAAUGGAAACAAUCGAUUGAUUUAGUUUGCCGUCUCUAUGAUGUAUUUGAUCAAGAUGCAUUACCAUCAUUCGAUAAUGUUCUCGCCUAUUUACCCUUUCUCAUGACAUUUGAUACGUUCGAUCAAUCUGAUUUUCUUCAUCAAAGUUUAUUAAAAAUCUCUACGGAAUUUAUAUCGAAAGCUUCUAAUAUUAAUCCUCUCGCUCCGCAUACAACAAAUAAGGUUUACACAAUUUGUUUUUCUGAUUUACAGAAACCGUAUACAUUUCUCAACAAUGAUUCAUUACUAGCAAUAUUUUGCGGCAACAAAAAUACUAGUACACGAACAAGAAAUACAUUUAGACCAGGUAUACGUCAAGAUUUUUCUCAAGAAAUUAAUAACAAAUGGCAAACGACUGUUCGAGUGUCCUAUUGUUUCGAAAUAUUAAUUGAACGUAUAAGCGAAAUCUUUCAAUUAAAAAUUAAUGAUGAUGAACCUUCAACUGAAAUUAUUCUUCUACAAGAUAUAUUGGGAAAAGUCAAUAAAUUAAUACAAGAUAUGAAUCAAGAACUAAAUAUAUUCAAUUUUUCUAUGUCAAAAAGUUUAAAAAGUAUUCUACAUAUUUGUGCUGUACUAUCGACUGCACUAUUCUACUAUCAUCGACAUAAAAACCAUUUUAAUAGUAUGCUCAUGUCAAUACAUCAAAAUAAGGCUAAAUGGCAACAUCGUUUUCUUCGCAUGGUUGUAAUUCAAGAGAAUGAUGAUGAAAAUGUUGCUACUAAUCUUGUCAAUGAGUUUUCUGAUAUAUUACGUCAGUCAUUUGAACAGAAAGCAAAAGAAAUUAUUGGAAAAUGUAUUGAAAAUGAACUACUUACACUGAAUCGAUAUUCUAUUAUGAAAGAGCUCGAUGAUGAAGUGUACGAAGCUACAAAUGAUUGGCUUCUGCGCUAUGUUCUCCAACCAAUGCAAGUAAUCAUCGAACGAUUUGAUCGACGAUGGAAAAACAUCGAAACGAAAAUCCAUCAACGGCUCAACAUCAGUAUGAAUUCACAUUUAGAGAUAGUAGCUGAAUUCUUUCGCAUCAUAGAAGCAAUCAAAAUUGUAUUGAGAUUGAAAGGUGGAGAUUCAUUGACUUUUGUCGAUGAUCUAUUCGAACCAUUGAGUAACGAUAUUGAUCAGAAUCUAUUCGAUAAGAAAUUAUGUAUGGCUACACUUCUUUAUCAAUAUCUUUCAGGUGAAUCUAUUUCGACGCAGAUAACUACUAAAAAUGGUUUAACGUAUACAGUUCAAUCGAAAUGGCAAGAAAUUAUCAAUAGUAUGCCGAAAUUAAGUGAUCAACUGAAAGAAAUUUUUUGUUCGAUGAAGACGACGUUUGAAACGUAUACAAUCACUUACAUUGACUUUUUUCUCGAUAAACUCAUCAAUCAAACAACAACCAUGAAAAAAGCCUUGCAAAAUUGCAUGACUACUUUUGUUGAAAACAGUUGUCGUAACACGCGAGAACGACUACUUAUUCAAGUACGUGGCUGUCAAGAACAGUGUCCUUGUUGCAAGCGUUUAUGUGAUAUUGAUCAUCGAUUGGACAAUGCUACACCUGUGGGUCAAGGAGAGAAUAGACAUCGAUGUCAAUCUGGCCAUCAAAUUCGAGGUAUGGGUGGCGUACGAUAUGAAGUGAUCAAUGAAGCAUCGACAGUAUGGUGUGAAAUAAUCAAAGAUGAAGAUCUUAUUAUUACUAGUAGAGGUGGACGACAGACAUGGAUAGAUUUCAAAAAUGCUCAUACCAAUUGGGAUUUUGGUGACUCAAGAAUUCGAGCAACUCAAAAGACGCCCUAUACCUAUAUAUGGAACAAAAUUGGAGAACAACUGUGUCAACAGUUCGGUAAUGGAAUGAAAUUUGUCACACAAAAUAGUCCAAUUCCGGUGAAUCAUUUUAUUCUUCUACUCGAUCAUUCCGGUUCCAUGAAUGAUUCAAUUUUUAAACAGAUAUCUUGUUUAUUGAUAUCGAGCAGCACGGCUACUACGACGAGUGAUUCUCAUCAAAUGGAUUUGAGUCCAUGGGAACAUUUGCUUAGAGCUGUCAGAGAAUUUAUUCGCAUUAGAAUUCAAAAAGUAUGUCAUACUGAUCAAAUGACCAUUAUUAUUUUCGGUAAUAGAGCGACACGAGUUUAUAAUAGAGAAAAAUUAAAUCACAUUGAUAUGGAUCAACUUAAUAUACCGAUGUCAAUGUGUGGUCAAGGUACUAACUUUUCAGUUGCAUUCGCUAUGCUCAUUGAAACGCUGAACGAAAUUAAGAACGACCCAGUAUGUAAUAGUCUUCGACAAACAAUCAUCUUUCUAACAGAUGGAGAACCUCAAGUUUAUCCAACAUCUGAAUUAGAACGUUUAUCUACAGAUUACAAAUCAAUGAUCACUCAUUUUUGGACAAUGGGUCUUGGUGAUUAUAAUAGGAAAGUUCUCCAACAAAUAACUGAGAAAAUGCAAGGCAAGCUGACAGACAUUGAAAAACCGGAAGAUCUUAUUGAAGCAUACGCUGAGAUUGCCGACUUUUGCGACACAAAUUUAUCUUGA